CAGAGAACUGUUACAUGCAUGUGAUACUCGUGAGAGAUUGUUUACAAUUGUAAGACAACAAUGAAGAAGAUUUUGAUUGCUGUAGACGGCAGCAAGGAAUCUAUGUUUGCUUUAAAUGAAUACAUGAAGAAAGUCCAUAACGAUGACAAGUAUGCGGUGGUUAUACAUUGUGCACAUUACAGCAUUUCAAAUCCCGAAGAAUUGGCCAUCACCAGAGAUGAUGCCCAGACCAUAAAGGAUAUUCUACAAAAGGACGAACAAAGAAUUUCAAAUGUGAUUGAGCACAUAGAGACGCUUCUGAAACAAAAUAAGAUCCCCGGCGAAGUGGUAAGACUUGAAGGAAAGCCCGAAAGUGCAAUUAUUUCUAAAGCAGAGGAGUUAAAUGCAUCACUGAUUGUAAUGGGAUCACGUGGUUUAGGGACAAUACGACGAACAAUUCUGGGUAGUGUCAGUGAAUUCGUGCUUCAUCAUUCUCAUAUCCCGGUCAUGAUCUGCAAGUGCGAGUCUAAAAAUCCUCUAACCUUUUGACUGAAAAUUGGUGCAAAACGGAUUGUAGAUAUUCUCUAGAUACGCAGACAACGACUGUUUUGUUUGACCCAUUUUACUAAAUCAUUGUCCAUAACCAAGAACUGUUUUUUUUCUAAUAUUUUUACGUAGAAUAUUGGGUCAUAGUGUCAUUUCUUUAAUGAAAUUUUUGAAGGUUAAUUUAAAAAAGGAAAAGAAAUAACUUUAUUUUACACAAGUUUCUGUGGCAGUUCUCAAUUAGACUUUUAAAAAAUCUGCAUGUCAUGAUGUGCACAAUAUAUUUUCAAAUUUCAUAAAAAUAUUAUUCUCGUUUAAAGUCAUCAUUUCGCAAGUUCUAUGGUCGAUACAAUGACCCCGUCAGCAAGUACAAUCUAUCAUUAAGUCGAAUGCUGAGUGACGUUUUUCAUACUAAUUGUUAGGACAUUAUUUAAACAUUGAAUUGUCUACGGAUUUUUUCGUUACAAUGUGCACACGACAGGUGUGACCGAUUGACAGGGGACGCUUACUCCUCCAUGUCACCUGAUCCCACCUCUGAUGUUUAAAGAGGUCCGUCUUUGCUCUGCUCCCGAUUUGUAUUGUUUUAAUGGACUUUUGAGCUUUAUUACUGCUCGUUAAUCUCCAUAUUUUAUCAUUGUUUGAUGGAUUUUUGAGCUUGAAUACUGUCUGUUAUCUCCAUACAUUUCAAUAAUUAUUUAUUGGAUCAAAAUCAUGAAAAUGG